GUUCCCCACUACUACGAGUUAUCUCAGUAUGCAAAUUUUAAAGCAAAAUAAGAAGACUUUCCAUUGGACCAUCCUCUGUUACAAGAUCUGCAUGAAUUAUUUGUAACUAAUUCUCCAAGUUUGAUAAGCUUGGUACCAUCGUCGACAUCUUUCACAAAUUUAACCUCUUUGUUAGUGGUAAAUUGCAAAGAGUUGAAUUAUUUGAUAACAUCUUCAACGGCUAAAAGCUUAAUUCAACUCACAACAUUAAGAAUAAUGAAUUGUGAGAAGAUGUUGAAUAUCGUGAAGAUUAAUGAUGAAAAAGCAGAUCAGGAAGACAUCAUAUUUGAAAACUUGGAAAUCAUGGAAUUCCUUUCUUUGUCAAGUUUGAGAAGCUUCUGCAAUGGGAAUCAAACUUUCAUAUUCCCAUCUUUGCUAUGGCUCACUGUUAAAGAAUGCCCUCAAAUGGGGAUCUUCUCAUCAGGAGUCACAGUAGCACCUUAUCUGAAUGAAAUUGAUGUGGGAGAAGGAACUAUUCGAUGGAAAGAUGACAUUAACACAACUAUUCAGCAUUUAUUCCAUGAAAAGUUGAUAUAUUUGGCCUUAUCCGACUACCCUGAGAUGAAGGAUUUGUGGUAUGGUCAAGUUGAUCAAAAUCUAUUUUGCAAUUUGAAACAUCUAGUGGUGAACAAAUGUGAUUUUUUAUCACAUGUACUUUUUCCAUCAAAUGUAAUGCAAGUGCUAUAUGGAUUGGAAGAACUUGAAGUAACAGAUUGUGAUUCAUUAGAAGAAGUGUUUGAUGUGAAAGGUAUGAAGUCUAAAGACAUGUUGAUAAAACAAAGCACUCAAUUGAAAACAUUGACUUUGUCCAACUUACCAAAAUUGAAGAACAUAUGGAAUGAGGAUCCUCAUGAAAUUAUAAACUUUGGAAACUUAUGCACGCUGAAUGUUUCUACAUGCCAAAGUUUGUCAUAUAUAUUUUCAUUGCCACUAUGUGAAGAUCUUCAACAUCUUGAAAUGCUUGAGAUAAUAUAUUGUGGAGUUGAGCAAAUUGUAGCAAUGGAAGAAGGAUCAAUGGUACAUAGCUUUAAUUUUCCUAAAUUGAAUAAAUUGAAACUAUUUUGUUUGACAAAGCUUACGAGCUUUUAUCGUGGAAAGCAUUCUUUAGAAUGCCCUUCGUUAAAGGACUUGAAUGUAUAUCGUUGUGAUGCCUUCAACCAUUUGGACAUGUUUUCUAUUGAAAAGUUGAGUUGCAACUUGGAGAAAUUGGCAAUAAAUUGCACAGAUUUGUUGGAGAUAUUGAAUCAAGAAAAUAUCUUUCAAAAAGUGCAAACUCUUUAUUUUCAUUACUUCGAUGAAACUCCUACAACUUUUCUGAAUGAAUAUUUUCACACAAUAUUUCCUAAUCUUGAUACAUUUCAAGUGCGCGAUAGUUAUUAUGAAACAUUGUUCCCCACUACUACUGGUUAUCUCAGUAUGCAAAUAUCAAAACAAAUAAAUUUUUUGAUGGUUUUCGAAUUGAAAAUGCUCAAACACAUCUGGCAAGAAGACUUUCCAUUAGACCAUCCUCUGCUAGCAAAUCUUCAUGAAUUAUAUGUAAUGAAUUGUCCAAGUUUGAUAAGCUUGGCACCAUCGUCGACAUCUUUCACAAAUUUAACUUGUUUGGCAGUCGACAAUUGCAAUGAGCUGUAUUAUUUGAUAACUUCUUCGACAGCUAAAAGCUUAAUUCAACUGGCAACAUUAAUUAUAUCAAAUUGUGAGAAGAUGUUGGAUGUUGUGAAGAUUGAUGAUGAAAAAGCAGAUCAGGAAGACAUCAUAUUUCAAAACUUGGGAGGCAUGCAAUUAACUUCUUUGUCAAGUUUGGGAAGCUUCUGCAAUGGGAAUCAAACUUUGGUAUUCCCAUCUUUGACAACGCUCAAUGUUGAAGAAUGCCCUCAAAUGGAAAUCUUCUCAACAGGAGUCAUAGUAGCACCUUAUCUGACUGAAAUUGGUGUGGGAGAAGGAAUUAUUCGAUGGAAAGAUGACAUUAACACAACUAUUCAGCAUUUAUUCCAAGAAAAGGUACACAAUAUAAGUAAUUUAAAUAGCUUUGUAAAAAAAAAAAGUAAUUUAAAUAGCUAUAAACAUCAUAAUAUUUAUAUUCAUGAAUUAGUUUUUGCUUUUUUCUGCUUAAUUUUCCUUAUGUAUGAAAGUUAAACCCCUAUUACUUAGUAAUGUUAAAGAAACAAGAUGUUCGAAAAUCAAACUAUAUGUCUUCAUAAGAAAAUAUGAAAAUAUGUUCUUCAUACAUGAUUUUUUAU